AAAUACAAACCCGGAAACUGAGUAUUGAACUUUUCGAUCUUUCGAUAAGUUCUCCUUGUUUUCCAUUGUUUUCAUCAUUUUACUGCAGUUUCAUCGAUAUAACAACGAUAAAAGACACCGGCAGAGCUGAAUUCAUAAACAGAUUUACUCUGAAGACAUUUCUCUUAGUUAUCUGCAAGUAAACUGAAGUCGAAAGAAGAUAUCAUAGGAGAAGCCAUAGAGUCAAACGCCUGCUCCACAUAGGAGGUGCUAGUAUACUUGGAUUAAUAUCUUGGAUUGUGUCAAGGGGAACUAUUUGGUCACUGAAAACUGAAAAAACUUCUGAAACUGACAAGAAACUUUCUAAUUUCGUCAGACACACAAGCCAGACGCCAUGGGCAAUAUUCUAAGACUGUUAGCGCGAGAGGAGCCUCCUGAUAACCCACAAGUAUACAUUAAUUUUGAAGAUGCACAGCCGACAGAGCAGGAGAGGGAAGUGUUUGAGAGGACGGCUGAUAUUCUCAUAGAACUGGACACCAUUCUACAAGAUGUACAGGAUUACAAGGGAGCAGGAGAAGAAAUCAGACAGGCCAUCACAUCGCCGCGAGACAACGACCUUCAACAGAACGCCUGGGCUGCAGUGUGCCCUCUGGUGGCCAGACUCAAGAGGUACUACGAGUUCUCGCUCAAGUUAGACAAAGUCAACCAGGAGCUCCUCAACGCACUGUGCAUCGGCGCAGACUCCCCCGUGCAGCAGCUGGAACAGAAGCAAGCGCUCGCGAAGCAGUUCGCCCAAGUCCUCCACUUUACGUUAAAGUUUGAUGACCUCAAGAUGACAAAUCCAUCAAUACAGAACGACUUCAGUUACUACAGACGGACGUUAAGCAGAACAAAAAUGGCAAACCAGCCUGAUCCGAAUAGGGUAGCAGUGAACAAUGAGAUGGCCAAUAAGAUGUCUUUAUUUUACGCCCAUUCCACACCUAUGCUCAAGACUAUUGUAGAUUCAACGAUCAAGUUUGUAUCAGCGAAUAAGGAGGUCUGGUGCGAGAAGACUACAGAUGUCCUCAGUACGAUGGCACAGAUAUGUAGAGUCAUGAUAGACAACCCUGACUUUGUAGCUCGCUUCCAAGAAAGGAACACCGUUCUAUUUUGCCUGCGUGUCAUGGUUGCACUUAUCAUCCUCUAUGAUCAUGUUCAUCCCGUCGGAGCCUUUGACAAGAGCGCCCCCAUCAACGUUAAAAGUUGUGUAAAAGUACUGAAAGAGCAGGAACCAACAGAGGUUGAGCACUUACUCAAUGCACUGAGGUACAACUCAAAGCACCUCAACGAUCAGGAUACACCAAAUGGAAUCAGAAAAGUGCUGCUCGUAUCGUAGGCGACGUCGCCUUCGUAAUCGCCCUCGACGGCGUCAUCGAUGACGUCAUCAUCACAGUUUCUAUUUGUACAAAGCCCAUUCAUUCCUUUUUAGUAUCCUCUGUAUAUACGUCUUUUUUUGGAGUGGA